UAGACGCUCGUAAAGCAAUGAGUUUAGUGGACAAAGUUGCCAUAGUCACAGGAGCUAGCUCUGGUAUAGGCGCUGCGAUAGCUGAAAAGUUUAGCAAUGAGGGGGCAAGAGUUGUUAUGGUGGGGCGAAAUGAAAAGAAACUCGCUGCUGUAGCUACUAAAUGCAAAGAACCGUUGGUAAUCAAAGCAGAACUCGGCAACGAAGACGAUACAGUGAGAAUCAUAAAAGAAACAUUAAAACGAUUCAAUAGAAUAGACAUUUUAGUCAAUAACGCUGGUACCAAUGUAAUGGGCAGUAUUUUAAACGGUGACCUAUUGAAAUCGUAUGAUGAAGUGAUGAAAAUAAACUUCCGUGCCAUCGUACACCUCACGCAAUCCGCCGCGUCUGAGCUGAUCAAAACUAAAGGAUCCAUAGUCAACAUUUCAAGUAUCAACGCUCAACAACCAUCGCCAGUUCCCAGUUUAAUGAUGUAUUCAGCAUCGAAGGCUGCAUUAGACCAUUUUUCAAAAGAUGUAGCUAAGGAAUUAGCACCUCACAAUGUGAGAGUCAACGUCAUAAGUCCCGGGCCGGUCCGAACCGAUAUUCUGGAAAACACAAAUGCUCCGAUAACCUGGGAAGACGUGCCAAAGCAGACUGCUUUAAAUCGAGUGUCAGAAGCAGAAGAAAUUGCAGAACUUGCGCUAUUUUUAGUCAGUGAUAAAGCAAUAGGAAUCACUGGUUCAAUAUUUGUGGUUGAUAAUGGAGAAUUAUUGAAAAAAUAAUAUAGAACUGUACAAAUUGUAAUAAUUAAUAAAAUGAAAUGAAGAAUUUUGUAUUUUGUACGAUAGUUAAUUUCAUAGUGAGUGCGGUGCAUUAUGAAAUGUGUUCAAAAUAAAUAAAUUGUACGUA